UGUCACAGUAAUAACAAGGAAAUGAUUCGCUUGACCAAAUGAUUCAUAUUACUUUUAAUGGUUGUGUAAUCUAAUGUGUGGAUCGGUUUCAUUCUCAGUUAUUGUAACCAUUACAUUUAUGAUAACCAUAAUAUAGAAUAAAGAAAUACGUUUGAUGCAAUGCUUUAAAUGUGUUCGAUAACACCAAAUAACACUUAAAUUAAAAGCAACUGGUAGGCCUACAUAAUGACAAUUUAGAAAGAUGUGAAACAGCACUGAUAACCGUAUGCGUGACUUGGCUGAACAAAAUUUUCCAGAAUAAGAUGUCUGUAAGCUGAGGAACUAAUUUCAAUUUAAAAUAUGAAGUUACAAAACUUUGACAUUCAGUUCGACAACCCCCAGGGUGUCUUUUGCGCUGGACAUGCAGUCUCAGGCAAGAUCCAUGUCAACCUGGUGAAAGCAAUGAAAGUUAGAUCCAUAUCUUUACUCUUUAUGGGACAGGCAAAGACUCUUUGGACUCAUAAACAUGGCAAGAGCAAAACCAAAUACAGUGGAAGGGAAAUGUACCUUGAGAAAACCCUAACUUUAUUUCCAGCUGCUGGCACAAUUGGUGACAGCAUUGAACAUCCAUCUGGGAAUCAUGCCUACCCGUUUUCGAUCGACCUUCUUCCAUCAUUCCCAUCGUCCUUUGAAGGGAAGUUGGGACAUGUUAGGUAUUUCUGCAAGGCAACUAUAGAUCGCCCAUGGAAGUUCAACUCACAGAAAAUGCGUGCCUUUACUGUCAUUCAUCAUCUGGACCUCAAUCUUCUACAGAAUGCUGUGUUUCCCAUCCACGGUGAGGUAACUCAGACAUUGCACGGCUGCUGUUGCGAUGCAGGGGAGAUCACUGCAAGUCUAGAUGUCGGAAAGUCAGGGUUUGUACCAGGGGAGCCACUCAACUAUCAUAUAUACAUCGACAACAAGACUGACAAUCCAGUGAACAAGGUGUUUCUGUUUUUAAUUCAGCAUGUUAAAUACACAGGUGUCUCCGAUUCCUUUCUUUCAUCUGGUCGGCCAAAGUUUAUGACAAAGUCUCAUGAUUUCAACCUGUUCACUUCGGGAAGUAUGAUAAUCCGACCUCACAAAGACCACCACAUUAAUAACUCAACGUUAAUUCCUUCAUUACCACCUUCGUACAAUGACGGUUGCAAUAUAAUAGACAUUCAAUAUGAAGUCAAGCUGAAGGUCUGUUCUGGCUCUGAGAAAUGUGUUGUUUCAAAGCCCCUUUUCAUUGGCUCCAUUCCGUUACAAGAUAUGUCUCAACCUGAACCCCUCCCAAGAACGUAUGUUCAACCAUCGGCGCCGGCAAUUGUUUCUCCAGAGGCUUUGACUGUUGAGUUGCCGGCUGGGAACACACCCGGGGAGCUGGUGCUGCCACCUUCAUAUGAAGAAUCUGUUCUCCCACCCCCUGCAUAUUCAGAAUGCAUUUUUGGUCGCACACCAAUCUCUGACGAGAGUGAAGAAAAUGCCACCGAAACCAACACAGAUUGGGCACCGUCCUAUCCGUACUACGACUACACGCUGAGAUACGGAUCUCACGCACCUGGCACAGCGACCCUGCGGAGAUACCAUAGUCACGUUGAUGGCGAUGAUGAUGAUGAUGACGAUGAUGACAAUCGAUAAUAGUAGUCAGAUCAUGUGUUUGUAAAAUAGAGACACUUUGUUAUGAUGGCAAUUAUGUUGAUGAUAAUUUUGAAAAAUUAGGCUUCAUAAUCCUAAAAUAAUUUCAAUAAAAUCUUUGAACAACUACCAACUACCUUUCAGCUUUGUUGCUGUUGAAAACAGAAAUGACAAACACUGAUACUUAUGUUAUUUACAACGAUGAUACUGCUUGAACUGCUACUGCUGAUGAUAACAAUAAUUUUGAAUUACGUAAGCAAUUUUGGCAAACAUCAUGUUGGUUAGGAUGGAGAUGGUGAUGAUGAUGAUGAUGAUGGUGGUGAUGAUGAUGAUGAUGAUGAUGAUGAUGAUGAUGAUGAUGAUGAUGAUGAUGAUGAUGAUGAUGAUGAUGAUGAUGAUGAUGAUGAUGAUGGUUAUCAUGAUGAUGAUGAUGAUGGUUAUCAUGAUGAUGAUGAUCAUGAUUAUCACGAUGAUGAUGAUAUGUAAUAAGUAAAUCAUUGAAACUCUUACAGCAGUUACAUAAACCAAUAUUGUUUAUUAUGUUACUACUCAAUAUGGCCACACAAUUUUAGCUUUAAUUUAAAUAAUCAGUUCAAUGUAAAUAUAUAUUAUUGAUUUGUUAAAUAUGGUACCAGUUUGGUAUUAUACUGUUUAUAACAUUUGUGUGAACAUUUUAUCUGUUUAUUAAGAUAAUCAGGAAGUAACAUGAACUAACAUUUUUAUUUAUGGUAUUACUUAAGUUGAUUGAACAAAGUUCACUUUAAGUUAAAUAAUUAUUUAUUGCAUUAAAGACAUUGCAAUGUAAAUAGGUAUUAUUGAUUUGUUAAGUAUGGCAUCGGUGUUGUAUUAAACUUUUAAAACAUUUUUGUGCACAUGUUUAUCAGUGUAUUAAGAUAAUCAUGAAGUAAUCCAAAUAUUAGAAUGGCAUUUUAGUUGAUGCUAAUUUAAUGUUGAUCAAUAUAUAUCGAUCUAAGAAUUGCUUUUAUAGUCACAUUAUAGUCACAUUAUGCUCUAUGUGCUUCCAGUUAGUGCUUAUGGCCAUCACUUUUCAUAAGACAUGAAAUUUGAUGACAUGAGUGGCGUUCUGAGAAAACUGGGCAUAAUUCCUGUGCGUAAAGUGUCGUCCCAGAUUAGCCUGUGCAGUUCACACAGGCUAAUCAGAGACGACACUCCGCUUUUAUGACAUUUUUCGUUUGAAUGAAGUCUCUUCUUAGCAAAAAUCCAAUUUAGGCGUAAAGUGUCGUCCCUGAUUAGCCUGUGCAGACUGCACAGGCUAAUCUGGGACAACACUUUACACACAUGCAUUAUGCCCAGUUUUCUCAGAACACGACUCACAUGUUUCAAGGUGUAGGUUUGUUGUAAGAUUUAACUGUAAUGACUCAGGGUUGUUGUGAUUUUCAGCUUAUGGCGUCAUGUUCAUGAUAACAGGCAUUUGUGUAAUCAGAAACUCAGUUUUGCUUCCUUUUUACCAUUAAGUGUGUUGUUUUACCAUUUUGGUGUUGCAUGUACACAAAUAAUGGCAUAUACUAUUUGGAGUGAAUUCUGUCAGACUGGAAUUUGUGUGUAGCUAUAUUCAAGGGCUUUUUCCACUUGUCAAUUAUCAACUUUUUAAACUUUGUUGUGUUCAUAAAAUAUUUUUGUAAUGUCAAUCUACUACUUAUUAUCCCCACGCUCCGAAUUGGGGGGAUUAUGUGGUUAUCUCCGCUGUCUGUCUGUACGUCAGUCCUGGUCACUAUUUCCUCCUACACUAUUAGCACUAGAACCUUGAGCUUAAACACCUGGUAGCUAUGAGCAUAUGUGCGACAGUGCACUAUUUGGAAUUUUGAUCUGACCCCUGGGUCAAAAGUCGCGGCGGGGUAUACGCGUCGGCCGUAGCCGCGCCAUUUCUAGUUUAGUACAAGUUGCUUAUGGGUUUUCGUGUUUUUACCAACAAAAUGCAAAUUGGUUGUAGAUCUGUGAUUUUAUUUCUUAUAAAUGUGUUUAGGACUGUUUGACCCACUGUCCCGAUGUUAUAAAAUUUGUUUUGACAAUUUUUAGCUCGGCUGUUUUCAGAGAAAACCCGAGGUAUUGUCAAAGCCAGCUCGUCUUCCGGUGCCGUGCUAAAACCUUUACAUUUUGUUAACCUUUUGAACAUUGGCUCUAAAAUGAAAGUGCUUCCACCUACAACUUUGAAACUUCAUAUGUAGAUGCACCUUGAGUUCUACACGCAACACCCAUUUUGGGGUCACUAGGUCAAAGGUCAAGGUCACAGUGACCUCUAAAAAAAUAUAAAAAAUUCUGACAAGCUUUCAUUUAUUCAAAACUGCACCCGCAGCUGAGCGUUGGCACCUGUUAUGCGGUGCUCUUGUUAAAAACUAUGUUUGUUCUGUUAGUUUAAGUAAGUUCAACUGACCUCUAACUGAAGUGAAGGCAAAAUGAAAUAUAGUUUAAGGUGGCCGGGUGGCACAGUCCCACUGUGUCAUAAAUGUCCAGCCAAUUUGUAUGGAAUGACCCUAUUUGGACCUGAAAUGUUUGGCAUAUAUGGUGUAUUUUGUUCAAAUGUUUUUUUCAAACUUUCAAACUCAAUCUAUAUGAAUAAAUGUCCUUUUAUGACCCUUUAGAAGCAAAGUGAAAAUGGCUACGUGCAAACAGCAUACAACCAGAACAGCCUGGGAGUAACUCGCAGUCUGUUCAGUUUUAUGCUGUUUGCUGCUCAUCAGUAUCUCAAGUUUGGAGAUGAAUAUAAAGAAGUGAGCCUUAAAAACUUUAAUCUAUUAAGAAAGGUCUUAAAUUAAAUAUAACUUUCUAAGGGACUACAAAUAUGUGAAAAUACGUAUCUAAGUGGUAAAGGGUUAAAGAAGUAGGGUUUAUUUUUUGGACCUGUCUUUUGCAUGGUGGCGUGGUCUGUCUGUAAACCAAAUUAUUAUUCACCCGCAGUACAUGAGAAUGCUUAUAUCUGCCAUCGUCUGAUAUGAAAGGCUGGUAUCUUGGUAGAAAUGCAACACCAUUAUCAAUUUUUGAGGUUCACGGUUCCAAGGGUUUGGUCACAGGAGCUUGUGAACAUGAAAUUAAAUAGGUAGAUUAGUCAUUUCAAGUACCAUAAAUACCAUGUAAAACAUCCCUAAGAAGAGUUCCAAUCUUGAUAAAACACCAUCUGAACAGUGGACACUGAAUUCCAUUUUUAUUUUGGUAAUUGAAGCAAUGAAAGGCGUUUAAACAUCACAAUUUAAUCCACAAAUUACAUGUAUAUACAAUUGAUUAAGAUGAAAAAGUUUCAAAUGUCGUUUUAAAAUUAUUUUUUCUGGAAAUUGCAACCAGUUAAAGUUUUUUUAUGUUUUCUUAUAUAUAUUUAUUGAAAUGGUUAUGUGAACAUUCCUUUUUUUCUGCUAAAUGUUUCAAAUUUUAUGAAUUUCAUGAUUUAAUGCUUACUUAAUUACAUAACAAUGAACAUAAUUGAAUGCAUUAUUGAUAUAGAUAUCAAGUGAGUUUGUGUAAUUCAUUUUGUAAACAUAUAUACUUACUGUAUCUUCUGUCAAUAUAUUGUCUUCUAAACUUAAACUUUAACGAAGUCAAAAUGUUUAGACAUUUUUAUGUUUAUAUCUUUUUGCAUUCGGAGUUGUAUUGAAGUUCAGCUGUCUUUCUGUUCUGUUGAUAUGAUUGAUUUAUAUUGUAUACUUAAACAGGUAUGAAAUAAAUCUGUGUUGUUAAUUUAUAUAAUAUAUGUCACUUACUUGCCCCAAAACAAAUGUGCAUAUUAAUUUCAUCAUGUAAAAUGGCAUAUAUUUAGAAAUGCCUGUUGCUUUUGUUAAUGAAAUGCAUAUAUAUUAAAAAAAUUACUCAGUGAAAAAUAGUUUUAUUUAUCAUACUUAAUUUUGUAACAAGUUUUUUUUUGUUGCUACUGCUUUUGUUGUUGUUGUUAAGGUUUUGAUGGUUUUGUAUACAAAAAGUGAGAAUAAGUAAAAUUUCACCAAAGGGUUUGUAGUUUGAAUUCUGACGAUUGGAGAUAUGGGAUUGCAUUUUUUUUAUUUUUUUUAACCCCCCCCCCCCCCCCCUGUCGCCCCAAAGGGAAGCAUGUAAUCACUGGACUGUGUGUAAGUCCACCAGCAUGUCAACACUUUUCGUUUUCUGAUCACUUACUUAAUCAGUUUUCAUCGGAUCGUCACAAAACUUUCAAAAAAUGUUAAUUUGCAUAAAUAAUGACUAAGCUAAAUAAUCAGACAAAGCUCACCAGGCAUUUGCUACAAAAAUUAUUCAUCAUGGGCCAACUUUAGUUUAAACCUAGUUAUUUUAGCUCGACUGCAUAAAGAGCCUAAGGCUUAUUUGAAGCACCAUAUUCACAACGGCAAGGCGACCCAACUAUGAGCAUUAAAACUGGUCUCUUUACCCCAAAGGAUAAGGUCAUAGAGGUGAAAGGUCAAUUAUGAACACUUUUUAUAGAGAAAUAGAGCUUGAACUUUGCAUGAAUUUAUAAGUGCACAUGUCCUGGUAUUGACCCGACUGUGAUCUGUUUGGAUCUAUCUUUAUAUGAUUCAUGUUCUGAGAAAACAACACUUGGGACAACACUUUACGCACAUGCAUUGUGCCCCGUUUUCUCAGAACAAGACACAUAUGUGUAACUGUUGUAUGUUGUAUGCAUAACUUUGUAUUAACUGUUGCUUGAAUACUCACAUAUUUACACAGUAUGCUUCCAAAAGCCAUCAGUACUGCUUGUGUUGUUAUGUUCUUUUGUAAACUUUUAUAAUCUGGUACAAAGUACACUCUUAAGUCAUAGUUUGUUUUCAUUCUUGCUUGCAUAAUAUUUAUUUACUGUAUGUCUUUUUUUGUAUAAAAGAUUUUGAUGACUAGACUAACAUUGCGUUGUUGGCCUGUUACAUUGUAAUUAAGCUUUCAGAAUUAGCUGUCCAUAAACUGGAUCAUUUGAUGUUUGAAAGAGUACAUUAAAUAAUGGGAUGAAACUUGGUAAUACACAUUUGAUGAUGUUAGGAUAACGCACACAUUGUCAAAGGUUUGGUCACUGCUACUGCAACAUUUAGUAAUUCAAUUAUGAAUAGCUUUCAUAAGAAAUUGAAUUUUUUGGUUUAUACAAUGGGUCAGGUCAUUUUGACUUGUGUAUUGCUUGCAAUAUUAUGAAAGCGAUUUAAACAUUUGACACUGAUUGUUACAUUAUGAGCAUUGCAUAUUAACAUAACAAUUAUAAAUAAAAACACUUCAUUGUAAUCCAACACUCGCCUAAUAUAUUAAAUGUUCAAUAUUAAUUAAAAUGCAUGACUAAAUAAAACAUAUAAGGGUGAAUAACUGUGGUGGCUAUAUUUGAUUUUUAACUUGUAGGCAGGUAGCUGUCGUUUGUUUCUGAUUAUUGCUUUAAAAUUUGUACAAAAUAUAUGUGUUGUAUUUCUUUUAUUACUUAAUACGAAAUUAAAAGGUGCAGAACAGUGAUGGCUGGAUUUGAUUUUAAUGUAUAGGCAUGUAGCUGUUACAAGUUGGUGAAUAUUUCUUUUAAAUUUGUGUAAUAUUUUGCCACAUUUGUAUAAAGUCAUUUUGUAAUUAUGUCUCGUACUUUAGAUCAAUGCAAUUUUUGACUAGUUAGAGCAUUUGUUAUCCGUUCACAUGGCAUUAAUAAAUUAAUAAAUUCAACAAAACAGUUA